AUGACGGUAAUCACGAAAGCGAUCACCGAGAAGAAGGCGUCCGACAAAAUGGAGCAGCCAUUGUUUGUGGAGGAAAACGCGGCGGAGGGUAAGAAAGCUGAUCCCGAAGCAGCGUAUGCAAAAGUCAGUGAAGUCCCGAACAGCCGUUUUAUCGCUUCUAGAAGAUACCGAAUCAUCCAUCGUAUACAUAUGCAUAUAACAUUUUUGCUCUUUCUCCUCGCGCUGUUGAUACUGCUUAUCGGCAUGAUCGGUGGGCUGUACAUCUACAAACAGUAUGCGAGGACUCAGAUGCGCAGAUUCCGUACUGGCUGGUACAGCAUUCCGUACGACAGCUCGAAUAAAGCGUCCUACGGCAACAAUGUGGUUCAUCAGGGACUGUUGGCCGACUCCGACCUGUUCGCCAAAAGUCUCACCAGAGCCAUGGAGCAGGAUGCGCUAGAUAUCGCGAGACACAUAGAUCAUGACAUCAAUAACUUCUUCAAGGAGAGAUUUGAGAUUGAUCUUGAGAACGAGCAUUAUGAGAAGAUUGACGUGCCUGAUUUCCGCGGUGGACGCCAGGGCCGCUUUAUACACGAUUUCAACAUUAAUAAGACGGGUAUCAUAGAUAUUGACGGUCAGUGUUGCUUUGUCAUGCCACUGAAUCGUCAGCGCGUACUGCCACCUCGUAACAUGUAUGAUCUCCUUAGAAAAAUGUACAACGGUUAUUACGAAGUGGACACUGCAGUCGUACGUGAAACCAUGAAAGUAAUCACACCGCCAAUUACCGACAUGUCGCUCGUCGGGACGUACAUAGCGCGCGAAUGCCAAGACUUGCCUACCUAUAUGCUGCAGAAAGUAAAUUCUUCUAGUGUUGUUAAACGCAGCGCAUCGCAGAGCGGAGUGUUCGGGCAAUUCGCCGGUAAUAGUAUUAUGGAAGUCGAUAUCGUAAACUUAGAGGACUUCGAAUGAAACUGCGAGAAAUAAUUGAGCAGUGGGAAUUUCAAUUAUUCUAGAAUAUUACAACCACCAGUAGAUCAGUGUAUAAAAAUUAUAAGCUGUCCAGGGCAAAUAGGUAAAUAUUAUGUCGAGUUUAGAAUUGUUACUUUGCAUUUAUAGGGCAUCAAUAUUAAUUUCUCGCUCUCGGCGUUUUCCUAAAUCAUAUUUCAGAUAUACUCCCGCAUUUUUAUCGAAAUUGUCAUUAUAAGUCCUUCCAUUUUCUAUUAAUUUUAGAUAUUAUAACAUAUGAUACAAGCACGAUUUGUUAUUAUUCAUCUGAAGUAUACAGUACAUCAGGAGAAACUCCUUUAUAAUAUCGUGAGAGGCUAAACGAUUGAAUCACUAUAAAAAAAUGUAAGAAUUCUCAGCAAGAUGGUGUAUUGUCCGCAGGUUCUUAUAGGAAAAUUAAUAUUUCUUCCAUAUCCUUGUGGUAUAUUAUUCAAACAGAUAGCAAAUGCGGUGUUACAUGCCAUAGUAAUAAAAUGUUUAUUAUUAAGGAUUCUGGCACACAGCUUGUUGACUAUAUUUAUGAAUGUCUGCGUUAAUAAUCGAUGAAACUAGUAGAAUAGCCAUGCACGUGCUAAGUGGUUGCGCUUACGACGCAGUUUUAUGAUACGUUAUUAUUAGUGAGCUCUAGAUACGUUUAUUUGUGAAUUUUGUUUAGAAAAUCUAUCGCUUGCGUCACGGGCAGUACUUGAGAACACAGUGAGAUUGAGAUAUAAAACAAGAAUUAUCAAUAUCGCAAAAUUGAAAAUAAUUUUGGAAAUGUGUUUCAAUAAGAAAUAUAUUUGUUUUACUGGUUUUACAAUUGCGAUUAAUAUGUAAAACACGUUAAACAUUCAUAAGAUUACUGUGACUACAUAAAUAUUUUUACAAAACGUUUGGAUUGAAAAACACAGGAGUUACAUAGAGUACUGAUCCACGAGAGAAGUCUUGGUGUGUUUGAACAUUCCAUAUAAGACUUGCUUAUCUCUUCUGCAUUUCUAAUCAUGAAAAGUUACGUGCUUUAGUAAAUAUUAAUAAUGCAGUAUUUUAAAUCAUAUCGUAUUUUAAAUAUAUGUUUUACGUAUCAGUUCAUCGUCAAGUUAUUACGCAUAAAAGCUGGAACUGAGAACCAGAACUGGAAUAGGUAAGAAUCGCGAUCGACUGAAUGCAAUUUUGCCAUUAGUCUACUUUGGUGCAUUGUCACACACAUGCAGAGAGAAGCCGUUUUUUUUUUAAAUAUUAUAAACUUUUUUUUUAACAUUUUAUUACAUAUACGUACGGCAUUAAGUGUCAGCAGACGUAUCUAGGUACUCGGAUAUUCAUUACUUUUAAAUGCUACGUGUUAUAGAUGUAUCUAAUACUAACAUUUAUGAAGUGAGAGUCUCUGGGUUUUUUCAAUUUACAGAAUACUUUAUAAUAAAAAUAACUCGCGAGUAAAAAUUGAUUUCAAACAGUAUAUCAGAAAGAAAUAGAAUUCUAGUCUGUUUCGUGUGAUGAAUUAUUAUUAUAUAUAAUUGAUAUCGAAAUUAAGUUGGCAAACUGAAGACGCAUUGUUGCAAAAUCAUUUUCAUCUAUAAAUUAUUGAGAUAGUUAUUAACGAACAAUUAGAUAUAAUAUACGAAUAAAGAUACUGUGUUUGUUGUAUUUCCGAAUGGAUUAGAAAAGUUAAACUCUUUAAUACCCACAUAAAAAAAAAAAAAAACAUCAACCGACAUAAAGGAAAUAUGUGCUUAUUAAUAUAUGCAUGGAUCACAUUAUGGACCGAGUGCCUAAACAUUUAUAAUCCAUUCCGUAUUAGUUACGUGCUCUUGCUUGUAUAUUAUCGAGUCCAAUAAACGAACAUGCAAAUGUAUAAAUAUGCGGCGCGUACACGCCGUUUUAAAUGUCCGUAGACAUGUAGAUUAAACACUGGUGGCAAUAAAUAGUACAUUAGUUAGUUCCACCAUUUUUCCAGAUGGGGAUGGAAAUGCAGAAUAUCUUGUUAAUUAGCUUCCGUUAAUUCCACGGCGAUGCGUAAUUUUGUCUGCGCAUUUGAAACUUUAUUAUAGAACUGUUACGCGAUUCUCUCUGUCACGUUUCGUGUGAUUGUAGUUAAGUUCCUAUAUAGUCAUUUCUAUCUCCGUGAGUUUGAGAAGUUUCCUUAGCUUUACAGCGUUAAAAAACCAAAUUUGUAAAACUGUACGCGAAUUAAUUGUAAAAGUCUGACGAGAAAAUAAACGAUACAUAUGAAUGUCAGUA